GCAUUGGAGUAUAUAUCCCCCUCUCCUCUCCCCGCCGCCCCCCCCCCUCUCUCUCUCCUCUCUCUUCUUCGCCUCCGAUCAUCUAAGCUCAUCGUCGUCACCAGCUAGCGCAUGACGUCAUCCUCGUCGUCGUCGUCGUUGCUCCUUUUGUAGUACGUAGCCAUCGAUCGAUCACAGCUAGCUAGCCAUGCAGGACCACGUCGUCGUGCAGCAGAGGAGCGGCGACCAGCCGGCGCCGUCGUGCGACAUCGCCGCCGACGAGAUCCCGGUCAACGGCCACAAGCCGGGGAGGGCCGUCACGGCGUCGGUCUACCGCGCCAAGAUCGCCGGCCACUCGCGCGUCCUCACCGUGUCGUGGUCGCGGGACAUGCUGUCGCACUCCUUCGCCGUGUCCGUCACCGGCGUCGACGGCGCCUCCGCGGAGUGCAGGGUGGACCUCCGCCCCUGGCAGUUCUGGCGGCGCGCGGGUUCACGCCGCGUCGAGCUCGCCGGCACGGCGCCGGCCACGGUGCGCGUCAUGUGGGACCUCCGCCGCGCGCGGUUCGGCGCGGGGCUCCCCGAGCCGAGGUCGGGCUACUACGUCGCCGUGGAGGCCGCGGGCGAGGUGGUGCUGGUGGUCGGCGACAUGCGGAAGGACGCGCUCCGGCGCGCGUCGCCGCGCGCGGCGCCCGCGGCGUGCGACGCCGUCCCCGUGGCGCGGCGGGAGCACGUGUUCGGGAAGCGGCGGUUCGCGGCCAAGGCGCGGUUCCACGACCAGGGCACCGUGCACGACAUCGCGAUCGAGUGCGGCGGCGGCGGCGAGGGCGGCGACGCGGACAUGGAGAUGACGAUCGCGAUCGACGGCGAGGAGGCGGUGCAGGUGAAGCACCUGCAAUGGAAGUUCAGAGGCAACCAGUCCGUCACCUUCAGCCGAGCAAAGGUGGAGAUCUACUGGGACGUCCAUGACUGGCUCUUCAGCGCCGGCAUGCGCCCCGCCCUCUUCAUCUUCCGCCCCAUCGUCCUCUCCAGCGCCUCGGCGCCCGCCGCCGCCAUGCUCCUCGACGGCUCGCCGCCGCCGCCGCCGGCCACCGGCUUCUGUCUCUACCUCUACGCCUGGAAGCUCGACUGAUCCAUUAUUGAGCUAGCUAGCUUCUUUCAUUGGCGGCUGGCUCUGAUACCAUGUUGAUUAGAUCGGGGAUUCUUGAUCGAAACGAAAAUGCGAAGUUGUGAGCCAAAGGGGAGGAGGAGUAAGAAUUUUUUUCGAUUUUGUAUAAUUUUUUUGAGGAAGGAAGGAAACAUAUAUAAUUGGAUAUAAUUAAUUAAUUCUUCUAAUUAAGAGCCCUUGCAUAUACA